AUGUACAUAAUUAUCGAAUUCAUCCGUUUACCGCCAACUCUUUUGCCAUUCAUUCAUAUUUCAUGGAUGUUCUCACAAGGUGGCAAAGCAUUUCUUUACAUUGCUAUGAACAGAAAAGUACGACGAAAUAUCGCCGAUAUAUGUUGCAAACAGAAAUGA